AUACUUACAAAGGAAAUCUACGUGAGAUGUAAAAGCAGUCAUCUUUCUCGAAAGAAUUCAAUUUGUUGCGAUGCAUUGCACGCACUUCGUUAAAAAGUGUCAGGUUUUAGUAGCAUAAACUUCAACCAACAUAACAAUGCUACGUAUAGUUUGAAUGUUGGUAGUGUAUGGGGUUUGAUCUGGGUUUGUAGGACGCAUUUUCAGGUCAUUCAGAACCACAGUUCUAUGAUAAGGAUGUCAUGUUACGUUUCACAUAACUGUAAGGAGGCCAGGAAGCAGUGCUAGCACAGUUAUAUGCCAGACACUGUUAAGAAGCGCAACAAGAUGGGAGAGUGGCCUGCUGAUGUAGGGAUAAUUGCACUAGAACUGAUUUUCCCGUCGCAAUAUGUGGAGCAGGCGGAGCUGGAGGUGUACGACAAGGUGUCACCAGGCAAGUAUACCGUGGGCCUGGGACAGGCCCGCAUGGGCUUCUGCACGGAUCGCGAGGAUAUCAACUCACUAUGUCUCACUGUAGUUACGAGGCUCAUGAAGAGAAACAACAUCUCGUAUUCUAGCAUUGGCCGCCUCGAGGUGGGCACUGAGACCAUUCUGGACAAAUCCAAGAGUGUUAAGACCGUGUUGAUGCAGCUCUUUGAGGAGAGUGGCAACACUGACGUCGAGGGCGUGGACACCAUAAAUGCCUGCUAUGGGGGCACUGCAGCUCUCUUCAACAGUGUGUCCUGGGUUGAGUCCAGUGCAUGGGAUGGUCGCUUUGCCCUGGUGGUGGCGGCUGACAUUGCUGUGUAUGCUAAGGGGAAUGCAAGGCCCACUGGAGGAGCUGGUGCUGUCGCCAUGCUGGUAGGUGCAAAUGCUCCCCUGGUCCUGAAACGGGGGGUGCGUGCCACACACAUGAGGCAUGUGUAUGAUUUCUACAAGCCAGACCUGAUGUCAGAGUACCCAACUGUGGAUGGGAAGCUGUCAAUUCAGUGCUAUUUGAGUGCCUUAGACCAGUGCUACCAACAGUUUUGCUCCAAGAGUCAGAAGCAUGGUGAAGAGCACUUUGGGUUGAAGCACCUGGAUGCAGUCCUGUUUCAUGUACCAUACUGCAAGCUGGUGCAGAAGUCAUUGGCUAGACUAAUGCUAAAUGAUUUUGUUCAAGCAUCAGAAGAAGAGCAGUUGGUUCAGUAUCCUGGAUGUGAGGCUUUCAAGAAUGUAAGGCUGGAGGACACUUAUUUCGAUCGAGACAUUGAGAAAAUGUUCAUGACACUGAGUAAAAGUACAUUUGAAGAAAAGACACAGCCAUCACUGUUAGUGGCAAAUCAAGUUGGCAACAUGUAUACCCCAUCCUUGUAUGGGGGUCUUGUGUCAUUGGUAAUCAGUCGAGGUGCCCAUGAUUUAGCAGGCAAGCAUGUGGCUCUUUUCUCUUAUGGAUCAGGACUUGCCUCAUCCAUGUUUUCUUUGCAUGUCUCUCUGGAUGCCAGCCCAGGAUCACCCCUGCAACGCCUUGUAGCAAACCUGACCCAUAUCAAGCCGCAGCUAGAAAUACGCCACAAGAUUUCCCCUGAAGAGUUCGAAAGCAUCAUGGAGAUACGUGAGUGCAACCACCACAAGGCCCCCUACACACCACAGGCCCCAGUAGACAUACUGUUUCCAGGCACAUGGUACCUUGACAGUGUUGAUGCUUUACACCGUCGCUCAUAUAAACAGGUGCCCCACAAUGGGCUGUCCAGCUGAUUCCUGCUUAUGUGUUUAGCAUAUCACAAUUCACAACACUGUACAUCUUUGUUCCUGAGCAUCAUAUUUCACGAGGUCUGUGGUAGUCUCCAGGUUCUUUACUGUUCUGAUUCCAGACCAAUUCAUAAAAUCCAUAAGCAAGGUGUCAGAACUGCAUAGUUGCAAUGUUGAAGUUCAGAUAGAACGAUGUAUUUUGGCUCUCUGUAAUGUUACAGACAUAUUUCAGAAUGUAUUUUUAAACAGUAGUCUCGAUGAGGUUAUUUAAUCCAUACAAUUAAAAUAUAUCUAUACAUAUUACUUGUGAAUUUCUUAAGUACUGUGUACAAGCACAUUAAUUCUGAUUGGCUGAGAAUUAAAGUAUAAUUCCGCAUUGUCAGCCUUUAUUUUGUCCUUAGCCUUUCAAAAGUUGACUUGCUCUGAAUUUAUAGAGAAAGAAUCCUGCCUUGAUUUAUUUUAGUGAUGCAAUAUCAAGUACCAAAGUUGUUACAUAAAAUGAAGAUAGAAUUAUUUUGAAUGAUAUAUGUAGGAAGAAAUGGCCAUAGCCUAUUUUAAAGCUUUUACCUUUACUGCAUAUGCAUGAAGACAUGUUCAAGGUCAAAGCUGCAGACAGCAGGUUCAGUUGUCACAAUGGGAGACUGGGCUCACAGAACAGGAACAAACAAGGUGUGCCAAGAGAUAAAGAGAUGCUGAUUCAUGAAUUGUGCCACUGUUGAUACGACAGUGAGGAUGAAGUAUGUUCUUUGUUGGUAUAUUAAUUCUGCAGAAAUAUUUUUUAUAACCAAAUGUAAGCAUUUUAUUAAAGUAGCACUCAGUAA